CAGGAUGGACGGCUACGCACCACGACGAAGAUGUGGAACGGCAGCUCCGAGAGCUUUGCGCAGAAGUCUCUCCCAAGCUACGAGGAGUGAGGCAGCUGGUGCAGGCGCAGCUUCGUCACGAUGACCUCACGAUGCCUUCUUGCCAGUCGUUUGCACUGGAUGAAGUGUCUGAUGUGGUGGCAGACAUGGUGGGCAAGGUACCAAGACUUCAUGAUUUGAUCUUCCAUCCAUUUCCAGUACUCACGCUGUUGGAUCGCUUGCUGUUGCCCACCUCAAUAUGGGCAGGGCUUCAGCUGUGCAUUCCCUCGUUAUGGAGACAUGAUCUGGCAGCCGCCACUGCUGCGAGGAUACGCGGCACUUUGGUUGCGCGGCCACAACAAGGUAGCCCUGGAUGCCAGGAGCUGCAGGACAUGAUUAAAGAGAGGGACAUCGGCUGCAUGGUUGACGUGGGAUCUAUGUUUGGAGCCUGCGCCGCAGCAGCUGCGAAUGAGUUUCCAGAGGUGCGAGUUGUGGCAUAUGACAAGAGCUGGUCCAAUAUCCGUGCUUUGGAAAGGACUGCAGCUUUGUCAAAUUUGAGUGUGGAGGCACAUGCCGUGUGCAUGGUCAACACUCAAGGGGAGUGUGAAGGCUGCCAGGCCUGCCGGACCCUGGCUGAGGAAUAUCCCUUUGGCUCGGAGGGUCGCAUCCUGCUGUGGAUGAGUCAAAUGAGUGGUCCACUGCACUUCAUCUUGAAGGGCGGUAGACCUCUCUUUGAGAAGCAAUUGAUUCACACCGUGGCAGUGAUGACGAUACCCAAAGAGAUCAACGGAAUCAAGCGCACACUGGGAAGAGGCUAUGACUUCGAACUGCGAUGGCAAAACUCCUCACUGCACCCUGGAUCCGGUUUCAGUGAGUUCUACAGGUCAUUUUCCGCAUGUCCACAGGUACGGUUGCCAAACAUAUUUCCAGAUCAUCGAGACAUGUCAGUGAUUUUCAUCGAUUUUCAGAAGGGGAAGUUUUCAGAUGGUUUUUUCUGA